AUGAUUCUUACUGUGAAGCCGUUGCAGGGAAAGGAAUGCAGUGUACAAGUGACUGAAGAUGAGAAAGUUUCCACAGUGAAAGAGCUCGUGUCUGAACGACUCAACAUCCCGGCCAAUCAACAGCGGUUGCUUUAUAAAGGCAAAGCGCUAGCAGAUGAACACAGACUGAGUGACUACUCCAUUGGGCCAGAAGCCAAACUAAAUCUGGUGAUCCGACCUGUGGGAGAGAGGACCGGAGCUUCAGCGACGGCUAGCAGUAGCGGCAGCACAGCACGAGGGGGAGUGUGGCAGACCGUAUCCACGAUUCUUGCAAAACACUUCAGUCCUGCGGAUGCUGCUAAAGUCCACGAACAGCUGAUCAAGGAUUAUGAACGUUCACUACGACAACUCAGCUUGGACGACAUCGAGCGCUUGGCGGGCAGACUGCUUCACCCGGAGGUGGACGGCAUGGACACAUCGUACAUGGACUAA